AUGUUGUCCCCAAACCCCAACGCUUGCUGUCCUGGGCUCCUGGCUUCUGCAAGCUUUCGGUUUUCCAGCCAUGGCAACAGCAACAUUCUUACUCUCUCCUGAAAGAUUUACACCUUUGCAACGGUUACGAACAAUCAGCUCGUCACUCCAACGAACUUCAUCUCGUCUUUGGCCAUUGUCGACCAGCACAUGUUGUAGAAAUGAGAAGCCUUUGAAACCUGUUGUCGGUAAUGUUUUGCGAAACCAAAGGGUCUUGGCAGUUCUCAUCGGGGCAGGUUUCGCCCUAACCCUUGGUGGAGCUGCAGCUUCUUCUGCUGCUGAAUUUCCUUUGUGGGGUAGUACGUUGCGACUCAGUGAACCUGAUAAUGCGCUCUCUCUACCUACCUGGGCUAUUCAUGUCUCCAGCGUCGUCGAAUGGAUUACAGCUAUGGUUCUGGUGUGGCAAUAUGGAGAGAAACCCGGGAAUGAAUCUUGGAAAGGGCUUUCUUGGGGUAUG